AUGGCGUCGUCAGAGCCUCAAAAGGCGCCCUUCCAGCAGGAAGCCGCUGCCUACGAUACUUCUGCCGCUGGUACUGGUACUGCUACCACUGCUGCUUCAACUGCUGCUGUUGCUGGUUCUGGAGCUGCUGCUUCAUCCGAUCAAGUCUCUCGAUCGCCGUCCAAGGAGAGCUCCGGCAGCAAACCUCACGAUGGUCCGGCCUCUGUCCGCUUCUCCUCCGCCGUGGAAGAGAUUGAGCCAGCGGCUCCUGUUGCGCAGCCCGCCGCUCCGGCCUCCCUGAAGACGACGACAAACACCUCAGACCGCUUCGAUACCUUCAAUGAAGUUGCCGCCGACCAGAUCAAAGCUUUCCAGAAGUCCAUGAAUCAUGGAUUACCCCUGCAGGAGCGCCGGAUGAGCACUUUUGGUUUCGAGGCCUUUUCUCUGCCUGCGUCAAGGGUCAAUUCCCGUGAAGAUGCCUCAAAUGACUCCACGAGACUCCCAACGCCAAACUCAUCCGGCUGGCAGUCUCCCCAUGGGAGCCCCCGGCUUUCGGCCUUGGCCUCUCCUCCUUUGACGCCCGCUGGAUCAGAUCCCGAAAAGAGGUUAAAUAAAGAAGGCGCCAUAACCAGUGCUCCCACCUCCGCCGUUAAUGAUUCUCACCUCAUUACUCCGCAGCCGUCCACUUCCACCGAUAAGGCUCUUACUCGCACUGCCGAUCGCAAGGUUCUCACUCAUCGACCAGCAUCCUCGGACCACGCCAUGUCCAGGGCCUCGUCCACCGAUGAGCAGCGCGGAGAGUCUAGGGCCCAUCGGCAGGACAUGUUUUCUGUUGGGCCAAGCUCUGUCCCAGUAUCUCGUGAAUCAAGCCCCUCUAGAAGUGCGGCAUCGUACUACUACUCCAAGCCAAUGGCACCUGGAGGCGACGCCAACGAUCCCUAUGCCAAAGGCCGCCGACCCCCUCAGCUGCAGCACCCCACCCGUCAUUCAGUCGACCCGCGAUUUGUCUUUUCUAGGAAGAAGAAGCAUGGGACGUCUCCCACGUCAUCCAAAACAAGCUUGGGAAUGUACACGCAGCAGUCCAAGCAGAGUGACGAUUCCGGAUCCAACGAUGGGGCACACGGCCAUGCGGCAACCGGUUCCAUGUCCGAUCUAAAGCGAUUCUUCCGAAAAUCUGGCCACCACAAAAAGCGGGACGUAUCACCGUCGUCCAUCAAGUCAUCGUCCAAGUCCAGUCAGGCCAGUCGCUCCACCCAACAGCUGCCUUUUGGCGACGACCACGGCCUGACGUCAAAGUACGGCAAACUCGGCAAGGUAUUGGGGUCCGGUGCCGGUGGGUCCGUCAGGCUCAUGCGUCGAACGGAAGAUGGCACCGUCUUUGCUGUCAAGGAGUUUAGAGCACGCCACACGUAUGAGACGGAGAGGGAAUACAACAAAAAGGUGACAGCCGAAUUCUGCGUUGGAUCGACUCUCCAUCAUGGCAACGUUAUCGAGACGCUGGAUAUCCUGCAGGAAAAGGGACGCUGGUUCGAGGUGAUGGAGUAUGCCCCCUUUGACCUCUUCGCCAUUGUCAUGACUGGCAAGAUGUCGCGCGAAGAGAUUCGGUGCAGCUUCUUGCAGAUCCUCAACGGCGUCACCUACCUGCACAGCAUGGGUCUUGCGCAUCGGGACUUGAAGCUCGACAACGUGGUUGUCAGCGACAAGGGCAUCAUGAAGAUUAUUGAUUUUGGUAGUGCUCAUGUCUUCAAGUAUCCCUUUGAGAGCGGUUCUGUCCCAGCAAAGGGUAUUGUUGGUUCCGACCCCUACCUUGCUCCCGAGGUGUACGACGCCAAAGAGUACAAUGCCGAGGAGGUCGAUAUCUGGUCUCUCGCCAUCAUCUUCUGCUGUAUGACAUUGCGCCGCUUCCCGUGGAAGAUUCCCCGUAUGACGGACAACUCGUACAAGCUCUUCGCGGCCAGCCCAACUCCUGGACACGACCCUGGCAAACUGCUGCGACCCAAGUCUACCAAUGACCUGUCGUCUGUGGCUGCUCGAGAAUUCCUACCUGACGACGACUCGAAGCCUCACAACAACCACGCACACAAGAGGCAGGAUUCUACGGAUACCCCUCCACCCGAGCAGGUACAGCUCCCAAUUCCCGGCGUCAACGUCACGACCGACAAAAAAGAGGUCAUCCGGGGUCCCUGGAGAAUUCUUCGUCUGCUCCCCCGAGAAAGUCGUCAUAUCAUCCAUCGCAUGCUGGACAUCAACCCCAAGUCUCGUGCUAGGAUGGGUGAGAUUUUGGAAGAGCCGUGGGUGGCAGACACGGUCAUCUGCCAGCAAGUGGAUAACGGAGACGUGGUGCCCGCUUCUGACCACAAGCACAUUCUGGAGCCGCCCAACUCUCAGCCACCUGCUCCAAAGAAGGCAUAA